CCCCGCCGCGCCCGCAGGUAAAUUUUUCCAUAACCUUAUGGAGAGAAAGGACUUUGAGACAUGGCUUGAUAACAUUUCUGUUACGUUUCUUUCUCUGACGGACUUGCAGAAAAAUGAAACUCUGGAUCACCUGAUUAGCUUGAGUGGAGCGAUCCAGCUCAGGCAUCUCUCCAAUAACCUAGAGACACUUCUCAAGCGGGACUUCCUCAAACUCCUUCCACUGGAACUCAGUUUUUAUUUGUUAAAAUGGCUCGAUCCUCAGACCUUACUCACAUGUUGCCUCGUCUCUAAGCAGUGGAAUAAGGUGAUAAGUGCCUGUACGGAGGUGUGGCAGACGGCCUGUAAGAACCUGGGCUGGCAGAUAGAUGAUUCCGUUCAGGACGCUCUCCAUUGGAAGAAGGUUUAUUUGAAGGCCAUUUUAAGAAUGAAGCAACUGAAGGACCAUGAAGCUUUUGAGACCUCAUCGUUAAUUGGACAUAGUGCCAGAGUGUAUGCACUUUACUACAAAGAUGGACUUCUCUGUACAGGGUCAGAUGACUUGUCUGCAAAGCUGUGGGAUGUGAGCACAGGACAGUGCAUCUACGGCAUCCAGACUCACACUUGCGCUGCGGUGAAAUUUGAUGAGCAGAAACUGGUAACGGGAUCCUUUGACAACACAGUAGCCUGUUGGGAAUGGAGUUCAGGAGCCAGAACCCAACACUUCCGAGGGCAUACUGGUGCAGUGUUUAGUGUAGACUACAACGAUGAGCUUGAUAUUUUGGUGAGUGGUUCUGCAGACUUCACUGUGAAAGUGUGGGCCUUAUCAACUGGUACAUGCCUGAACACACUCACCGGCCACACAGAGUGGGUCACCAAGGUGGUUUUACAGAAGUGCAAAGUCAAGUCUCUUUUGCACAGCCCUGGAGAUUAUAUUCUCCUGAGCGCUGACAAGUAUGAAAUCAAGAUCUGGCCAAUUGGAAGAGAAAUCAAUUGCAAAUGUUUAAAAACCUUGUCUGUAUCUGAAGAUCGAAGUAUCUGCUUGCAGCCAAGACUUCAUUUUGAUGGUAAAUACAUUGUAUGCAGCUCAGCAAUAGGACUGUACCAGUGGGACUUUGCCAGCUACGAUAUUCUCAGGGUAAUCAAGACUCCUGAAUUGGCCAACUUGUCCCUGCUUGGCUUUGGAGAUGUUUUUGCCCUGUUGUUUGACCACCGCUACCUAUACAUAAUGGACUUACGGACAGAAACGUUGAUCAGCCGCUGGCCACUACCUGAAUACAGGAAGUCGAAGAGAGGCUCAAGCUUUUUGGCUGGUGAAAUGUCAUGGCUGGAUGGACUGGAUGGUCAGAAUGACAUGGGUCUCGUUUUUGCCACCAGUAUGCCAGACCACAGUAUUCACUUGGUGUUAUGGAAGGAGCAUGGCUGAGGUUUUGAAGGGAGUAGCUCAUUGACUUUCUGUGGGUGAGGAGGCAAAUUGUUUCGUCAAGGCCUCUGGGAGAGCAAACUUUGCAUGAACCAAAGUUCACAUCUAAUAAUAACGUCAUGCAGUGCACAAUCAUUACCUUGAUUUUUCUUGGGGGUGGGGGU